CCCUCGAGUCACGUGACCACACCAAGCGCCCACGUGGGAACGGGCAGACUCCAUUCUUUGUGCGGUGAGGGUCUCUGGCUUCGUUGGGAGGCCAGGCAGCGCAGUAAACACUGCUUCGGUGCUCCAGGCGCCUAAGGGCCUUCGUCACAGCGAUGCCAAAGCGGGGAAAGAAAGCGGCGGCCGACGACGGGGAAGAACCCAAGUCGGAACCAGAGACCAAGAAGAGUAAGGGGGCAGCAAAGAAAGCUGAGAAAGAGGCCGCGGGAGAGGGCCCUGCCCUGUACGAGGACCCUCCAGAUCAGAAAACCUCACCCAGUGGCAAAUCUGCCACACUCAAGAUAUGCUCCUGGAAUGUGGAUGGGCUUCGAGCCUGGAUUAAAAAGAAAGGUUUGGAUUGGGUAAAGGAAGAAGCACCAGAUAUCUUGUGCCUCCAAGAGACCAAAUGCUCGGAGAACAAACUCCCGGCUGAACUGCAAGAGCUGCCUGGACUUACCCAUCAGUACUGGUCAGCUCCAUCAGACAAAGAAGGAUACAGUGGUGUGGGCCUACUUUCCCGCCAGUGCCCACUAAAAGUCUCUUAUGGCAUUGGUGAGGAAGAACAUGAUCAAGAAGGCCGGGUGAUUGUGGCUGAAUUUGAGUCCUUUGUCUUGGUAACAGCCUAUGUUCCCAAUGCAGGCAGGGGUCUGGUAAGACUGGAAUACCGACAGCGUUGGGAUGAAGCCUUCAGAAAGUUUCUAAAGGACUUGGCUUCCAGAAAGCCUCUUGUGCUAUGUGGGGAUCUCAAUGUGGCUCAUGAAGAAAUUGACCUUCGUAACCCCAAAGGAAACAAAAAGAAUGCUGGCUUUACUCCCCAGGAGCGCCAAGGUUUUGGGGAAUUGCUACAGGCUGUACCAUUGGCUGACAGCUUCCGGCAUCUCUACCCCAACACUGCUUACGCUUACACUUUCUGGACUUACAUGAUGAAUGCCCGCUCUAAGAAUGUUGGCUGGCGCCUUGAUUACUUUUUGCUCUCCCAGUCUCUUUUACCUGCAUUGUGUGACAGCAAGAUCCGGUCCAAGGCUCUUGGCAGUGACCACUGUCCCAUCACCCUUUACCUAGCACUGUGAUACCCUCCUGAGGUAGCCUCCUGUCUGGGAGAUGGCCUCCUGUCCCCCAGAGAAGUCUGGUGUGUUUUCUCUUCAGGAUUUGGUUUUGUAUGUGUUCCCUCAUUUUAAACAUUAAACCAAACUUCUGGUUUCCUUUAGACAAUCCAAGUGAAAUAAAAGGCCCUUCUUUCAA